GCUGAGAUUCAGAAGCAAGCUCAGACCGCUGUCACUGAAGCCUGAAGGAAGUUGAAGGUGGGGAGCAGAGGAUUCGCGCCGCUAUUGUGUCCUUCAAAAGGGCUGCAUUGCCAUUGAGGUUCUCUGCGACCCAGGACACCCGCUCAGAACCCCACUUUGACAGCACACGACCACCAUGGCAUUUGGGGGUGGCACUGGAUUCUCCUUCGGAGGUAGCAGUACCCCUGCAUUCGGCGCCAGUACCGGGGGGCUCUUUGGCACCAGCACAUCAACCCCCGCUUUCGGAUCGACCGCAACCCCUGCUUUCGGGGCCACUGCAACCCCUGCUUUUGGAUCCAGCACAUCCGCAUUCGGGGGGGCAGCGACCCCCGCGUUUGGCGCAAGCGCUCCCGCUUUCGGUGGGGCAGCAACCGGCUUUGGGGCGGGGUCCUCCGCCUUCGGAGGGGCCACUCCAGCGUUUGGCGCAAGCACACCCGCCGCAAGCGGUCUGACCUUCGGCUCCUCUGCCACGCCAGCGUUCGGUGGCGCCACAUCAGCGUUUGGCGCCACAUCAGCACCCUUCGGGGCGUCCACCCCUGCGCCUGUUCCCAGCACGCCAGCUUUUGGUGCAAGCACCCCCACCUUCGGGGGCGGGUUCGGAGCCUCUGCUUCCGCUUUUGGAUCCACGCCUAGUUCCACCCCUGCUUUCGGCGCUGCGCCCCUAGGAGGAGCAUCCGGUUCAGCCCCCGCAUUUGGAGCAACGGGGUCAGCAUUCGGUGGAAUGUCCGCUUUUGGGGGGGGCAGCAGCACACCCGCUCCCACCCCCUCGUUUGGCGCAGCUCCUUCCGCAGCAGCAGGGAUCGCCACCCCGAGCAGCACUCCCGCUUUUGGAUCAACUGCCACCCCCGCUUUUGGCGGCACGUCGGCAUUUGGAGCGGGAACCAGCGGGGGGCUCUUCUCAGGGUUUGGGAAGCCCACUGCCGCGGCACCUAGUCAGACACCAACCAGCGCACCUGCUACGGCGGUGCCAACUUUUGGCGCCACAGGGUUGGCGCAACCUGCCGCAAGCGCUCCUCUCUCAUUUGGCCAAACCGGUGCCGCUACUCCCGCCCCCCUGUUCGGUCAAACGGGUGCUUCGACCACCCCCCUGUUCGGCCAAACUGGUGCUUCGACCACCCCCUUGUUUGGACAAACUGGCGCUCCAACAACCCCCCUGUUUGGUCAGACGGCGCCCUCAACCACCCCCCUGUUUGGACAAACCGGCGCAGCUCCUGCAUCUACUGCAGCCUCGACACCGGCGUUUGGCGGAGGCAGUCUUUUCGGUCAAACUGGGGGGGUCCAAACCCCAGCACAAGCAACAACCCCCGCUUUUGGAGCCCCGUCUACGGGCGCUUCAGCAGCCGCGCCUAGUUUUGGAGUCACUCCCGCCCCCGCUGCCGCUACGACCCCCUUCAGUUUCACCCUCCCCACCCCAGGCGGCCAAUCCCAGGCCGCCACGUCAGCAGCCGCUACAACCCCCGCGCCUAGUUCCUCGGCUGCCACCCCCGCCGCAGGUCUCUUUGGUGCAAAAACGCCCGCCACGACUCCGGCCUCUACUGGGGGUUUCUCGUUCAGUGGCUUUGGAGCGGCUACUACCGCAGCAGGCCCUGUUUCGACGGGGGGCGGGCUUUUCGCGGGUAUCACGCCAGCCGCCCCGGCCGCCAGCAAGGCCCCCGCUACACCAGCUACCGCCCCUCAAAGCGCAGCGGGACUAUUUUCAAUGACUGGAGCAGCGACUAGUAGUGCUGCGGCAGGGUCUGUUCCGGCAUUUGGUGCGUCGGGGGCGGGGUCGUUGUUUGCAAAAGUCGGGGGGACUGAGUCAGCGGCGAAGGCGGCAAGCGCGCCAGCAACGUCGGGAGGCGGGCUGUUCAAUCUUGCUGGAACCGGGGCCGCAACUACUCCAGCAGUGAGCAAACCCGCUGCAACGACCGGCUUCGCCUUCCCAACCGCACCUACCACCGCCGCAGCAACCACUCCAGCCACGACGACUCCGGCCACCGCUGCUGCUGCCACGUCAGCGCCAGCUGUCGCGCCCACGACCGCCGGGCCUGUGACAGCUGUCGUGCCAAAACCUCCGUCCGAGAUCGUGGGAAAGAACGUCGAAGAGAUCAUCAUCGGCUGGACUGCCGAGCUCGAGACGCGGUGCGCUUCGUUUGCCAAGCAAGCGGGGGCGCUGAUGGACUGGGAUCGGCGCAUACUGAGCAACCGAGGGGUGCUCAUAAAGCUCGAGUCGGAGGUGGGGAAGGUGGUGGAGAGCCAACGCGCGCUGGAGAAGCAAUUGGAGCUCGUGGAGAUGCAUCAAGCGGAGGUUGAACGUGCGCUCGAGAGCAUGGAGUCUGCGGCGGCGCAGCUGUACCAGGAGGAGAAGCCGACCGUUCUGAUGGACGAUGCAGCGGCCACUAGGGACAGAAUGUACGAGCAAGCGGAGAUUCUCCAACAGGAGCUGGACCGGAUGGGGGAGGACGUCCGCGAGACCAUCAACAACCUUAACGCAGCACAGGUGGGCGACGGGGCUGCUGCGGCGGGUGGGAAUGCGCUCGACGUGGUGGUUCGCAUCUUGAACAACCAGCUCAGCUCGCUCGUGUGGAUCGACGAAAAGGCGCAAACGUUAUCAACACGGAUUGAGCAAUUAGCGGAGCAAGGUGCGAGCGCUAACGGCCGGUUUGACGGUAGCCAGUACUAGAGGGUCUUCGGGGUCUGAAUGCAAGCGUUGGUCGAUUGAAACUUCUGUCGAAGUGAAGAUUGCUUGUCUAUUAUACUACAACGCACGAGAUUGCUGUACAAGGACUCUUGAGUAAGUGAGUCCGUUACUUGCAUUAACUGAGUGGCCCAGUGGGGUCUACGAUCAUUGAAUCAGGUUUGCUUACUCGUCGGAUGCACGAGACAAUCUCAACGAUACAAGCUUCUUUGUCCGCAUGAGGUCGGAUGCCGCGGGCCUGACGUGACCCGGGUUCACAAUGUACAUCGAAUAUUGCGCCACU